UCCAACACCCAUUUUCAUAAGUUUUCUCAGGAGAAAAAAAAAAACAAUCCAUUUCGUAAAAAAGAUGGCUCAAUCUCAAUGGCUUCUCCUUUGCUUGAUCUCAGCAGCUGCUUAUGUGAGUGUAACCAUGGCUGAUGAAAAUGCUCAUCAAACCCUAGGGCAGUCUCCUUCAGCUUCAAUCGCAAGCACCCCAGCUCCAAGUCCAUCUCCACCUGUAAUUAGGAAACUGGGAAUGCACAACCCUAGUAAGGCCAACUCCAAGUCUUCUGACGCACCAGCUUUAAGCCCGAGCAGUGCACCUGCAGCUUCCACAAGUGAAGCGCCGGAGACUGAAGAGAGUCUGAGCAUCCCAGAGCAAGAGAUCCACCUCAAAAAGCACCACCAUUCGACGGAUAAGUCGGUUGCCGGUGGCGGUGUGAUCCUCGGAGGACUUGCCACCACCUUUUUGGUUGCAGUUUUCAGUUACAUUAGAGCCACUGCAAGACAUAAAGCUUCAGCGACUAGUACUACUGGUUCUCAAAUUGCGUAGUUCUGUCGUAUGUAUGUUAAUGGGUGUGUUAAUUAUGCGGCUGUAAAGAAAUUAAUACGAAGUAAAAUAUGAUAUUGAAGUAUGAAGAUAGCAGAAUGUAUGAAGUUUUAGAAGAACAGAAAGUUAUAUGAAAAUAUUGAG